CUCCCUCUGAGGAACUAACAUGUCGGAACCUGUAGUGCAUACGUUUUCCAGUUGAAUUUCGAAACGUUGAUAACCGGCAUUAAAACAGAAAAAAAGAUGGAAAGCAAAACAACGUUGAAGAGGUCAGCGUCAGAUCUGAAUGACAUUGACACAGAUGUGAAUGCCACACCCACCAAACAAGCUAAAGUAAAUGUCAAUAACAGUUCUUUGGAAGGUGGAAAUAAUAGGGCAGGAUCACCUAGUGGAGUUACAACAAACGGAACUGCAGUUACUGUUGCAAAUGGAGGAACAUCAGAUGGGACACAAGAUGAUAAGCCAGCCAUUGUCAAAAUUGCAUCAGUUCAACGUGAUGCUGAGGUGAUUGCAUCUGUGGUGCCCAAUGUUAACGUGUUGGCAGUUUAUGACAAACUUGCAUCACAAAGAAAAAACCCAAACCGAAUGGACAUUGUGACAACAGAAUUACUUGACAAUCCACCAGAUAACGACUUGGGGACAGAUGAAGCCAAAGGAGAAACUGCUUCAAAGCCAACUCUCUAUGAGGAUGUGAAAUCUGUGGUUCACAAAGUUAAGCAAGUUGCUGCAUCUAUGAAAUUAAAUCCUGCUGAAAUUUAUGUUCUCCUGGAAAGGCAUGCUGAUGCUGCUGACCGGACAGAUGUUGUUGCUAAUUGGUUUCUCCAGGAUUUGAAGAAUACCGCUGGAGCUUCCAAUGAAGUGGACUUGUUUGAUGAGGUUCAGAAGGUGAUCACAAAGGUCCCAGCAGCAAAUCCUGAUCAGGUUUACACCUUGCUGGAGUCUUUUAGUAGCCAUGGUGACAGAGUUCAGAAAGUGGUUGAUCAGUUGACAAAAGUUGUUGACAAGCCUGUGUUGAAAAAGGAUGAUUCUUUACCAAAUGAUCCACAGUUGAGAAAUGAUCCAGUUUUCUUGGACAUGAGAAAGGUAGCUAAGAUGUUUCCUGAAAUGGACAGGAACGAAAUCUAUGCAUAUAUAGAAGCUCACCAUGAUAAAAAGGAUAGAGUCCAACUUGUCAUAGAGGAAAUUCUUCGCUCAACCAGAGGAAGCCUCAGCACAUCUCUUUCAGUUUCCAGUGAUGGAGGGGAGGUAACUCCAAUGAAACCAGCUUUUCAAGGUGCCUGUAGCCUUCAGGGGGAGGUUGACCAACUGCGGGAAAUAUUCCCAGAUUGUGAUCCUAACUAUCUGUUUGAACAGCUGGAAGAAAAGGCAAAUGAUGCAGAGAGAGUGAAAAAUUUGGCAGCACAAAUGUUUGAAAAACGAAACUAUCCAAAAUUGAAAGAUACGUUGGAUAAGCAACAGAAGAUUGCUAGACAAAGACAGAUUAAGAAUUUAAAAUUUGACAUGGAAAACUUCUUAUCCAAAUUUCCAGAUCCAGUGGAAUAUUUCUCAAAGACAGACACAAAUAUGAGUGACAGUUAUAAAGAACACUGCCUUGCAUAUGUCAAAAAUGAGUUUGAAUGGUUCAAAGAUGGUUACUUGAAGAAAGUAUUAAAUAAAAACAAUUUUCAUUUGGCACCAGCCCUCCAGGAAUUUAAAGGAUUAAAAGCAUCUUUGGAAGAGGAACAUUUUGUCACAAAGAAACUGAGACAAGAACCUCGAACAAAGCGUUUGUCUUUCCCAGAUGAACCAGAUGAGAGAUUCUACCAUGAACUGAUUUACUCACAAAAUGAACAGAGAAUCAAAGAUCAUUUCCUGAAGAUUGAGCUGGAUAGGAAAAGGAAACUUGCAGCUGCAAGAAGAAAAGGAGAACUUUAUGAAUGUGGAUGUUGUUUUGAUGAUGAACUUCUGUUUGAGGACUUGUCUGCCUGUGCAGACGGCCAUCUCGUCUGUCGAGAAUGUAUCCGCCGAUCUACGGAGUCCGCCCUUGGUGAAGGGAAGACAAAAUUCCCCUGCUUGACGGGGGAGUGUGAGUAUGACAUUCCACUGACAGUCCUGCAGGAAGUCCUCACAUCAGCAAUGUUCUCAAGAAUGUUGUCACGGCUACAAGAAGAGGAGAUUCGAAUGGCUGAAAUUCCUGAUCUUGUCUCGUGCCCAUUCUGUAAUUUUGCCACCAUUAUGGCCAACCCCAGUGAUAAAGUAUUCAAAUGCCUCAACUCAGAAUGUCUCAAGGAGACAUGCAGACUGUGCAAGGAACCCAAUCAUGUGCCACUGAAGUGUGAGGAGGUGGAGAAACAAGGGGAGACCAGCAUGAGAACCUACAUCGAGAACCGCAUCUCGGAGGCCAUGUUGAGAACCUGUCAUCGUUGCAAGAAGAGGUUUUUCAAGGAUUCUGGUUGCAACAAGAUGACAUGUUCUUGUGGUGCCACCAGUUGCUACGUUUGCCGAGAACCAGACAUAGACUAUGAUCACUUUAAUGGUGGCAGAUGCAGCAACACUGAGGAUGCCCAAAAAAUCCACUUGGAGGAGAUGGAGAAGGCAGCCGAGGAGGCCAAGGCACAAUAUCUGAAGGAUCACCCGGAUGCAGACAUACACUCUCUCAAGUACGACCCCAGGAAACAUGUACAGGAAUAUAAAAUGGGUACAGGUUACAAUGGCAAUGAUCAUGAUGAUGGUUAUGAUGAAUACAAUGAGGAAGGGUCUGAUGAUGGAGAUGAUGAUGACAGUGACUACUAACCUCUCUUUGACUUCAAGUCAACCUGUGCCAGGAUCCCUAAGUGGAUCAGGUGAUCAGUCUCAAUGACUUUGUGGAUGGCGUGUUGUUGUUCUCCAAUAGUGCAUAUCACUGCUCAUACUAUCAAUCACUGGAUUCUCUGAUGACACAAUUAUUUACAGAUCGCCGUCAUAUUGCUGGAAUAUUGCUGAGUGUGGCAUUAAACAACAAACACUCACAUCCUAUGAUAUGUUGCCUGGAUUAUGAUUCUUGCAUUAAUGAUUCAGAGCCAUGAUUGAUCAUGUUUAUCUUUGUUACUGUUGCCUUGGUUCAAGACGGAAUACAGGUCUUGUUGAUUAGGUACUUAAUGUCAUCAACAUCGGAAAACAAAUGUAUAUAUUUAUUAUAUUUCUUCCAAGUUUAAGGAAUAUUAGAAUCAGAUGAGUCAUUCAUUGUUGAAUACAUGUAUGUGGAUAACAUUAUUGGAUUGUAAAUGAUAUCAUAUGUUAUCAGUUGAUUGUUAUAAUAUGAUUUUGUGUUAUCUGUAGUGAGAAUGAAAGUGAACAUUUACAAGACUGCAAUUGUAUACAUAUAUGUCAUAUCUACGGUACAUCAUCUCGCUGAGCACAUUCUGAGAAUCAUGAAUCAUGCCACAGUGCAUCAAUGGCCACUGUAAAAGUUAAAUCAUAACAGCAGCAGUUGUCCAGGUAUACCACCUGCAUGAUCAAGAUGAAAUAAUAAUGUUUGGUACCUCAGAUAUUGUUUUUUGUUGAAAUGAGGUCGUCAACUUUACAGAACAUUUAUUUAUAUGGCUAUUCCAUGUUGUUUCCCUAGUUUAAUUUCUGUUUCACUGAGAUGUGUGAGAGAGCAUGGAUGGGAGAGGACUCUCUUAUGUUACGUCUUCAGUUAUAUCCCUCAGUUACUCUAGAUCAACAGUAAUUUAUGGUCCCACAAAUAACUGAGUGAAUGUUUUUUGUGCAAUAUUCUAGCUGUAUCAAUAUGAGCCGUGGGCUUGGUGCACAAGUUAUAGUUACCCUGCCAGGUGUGGUGGACAGGUCUGCUUCGUCAAACAGAUGGGAAUAGGUGUAUCAUCUGACUGUAUAAUAUGUUUUGAAAAGCAGCAAUUACACCCAACAGAAUGUUUGCUUCUGGAACCUGAAUACCAAUCCAAAAUGUAAUUCAAAUAGUUAAUGUUGUAUUUUUAAUAGAGAUUUGGCGUCUCUGAUAUCACUUUAUUACAUUUGAAGGAGAAACAAUUGAUGCUGUCAGAGAACUGUUACAAUCAUCCAGGUGACACAUUGUAACUGGACCGCCUCCAUGGUCUGGAUAAGGUGUCUGCCUGGAGAGUUGGUGGUUCGACCACAUGGCCAAAUGACGUGAAAAAGAUGGUUCUUGUUCUACCUCUGCCUGGCACUCAGUAUUCAGAGGCUAAAACAAGGACUGUUCAGCCUAACUUAUGUGAGUGGGAUAUCCAUGUUAAACUUCAGCAUGGCAUCAGUAGGCUGGCACUAUUAACCCUCUAUUUGUCUCCACACAUGCACGCACGCACGCACGCACGCACACGCACACGCACACGCACACACACACACACACACACACCACCACCAUAUGAGUGCAAUAAUCUUGAACACAAUGUUAAACCCCCUUUCACCCGACCCUCACACAUAGUAAGUUGCCUAUGUUAAGUUAUCAUUUCUUGAGAAGGAAAGUGUACUGGGACCAUCUUCUGCCCCUGAAUUCCGAAAAAUGUUUUCAGAAUGCAUAAAGAAUACAAGUGACUGAAAACAGGGACUGGAUGGACUAUAGUGUGAGAGACAAAUGAGAUGUCUUUGUUAAGUUUUUCAAUGAAAGUCCUCUUGUGCCUUGUUUGAAUAUUAUUUAUUUUAGAGAGUUCAUAUUUAUAGGAUUUUUAUCUAUAUUUAUCAAUGUGUUCACAUGUAUCUGUAUAAUGUUUAUAUUAAUGUUCUGUUGGAUAAUGCUUCUAUUACAAUUUUAUUUCAAGCGUA